UAUAUAUCGCCUAACCGUAAAGCGGGGUUAUUGUUGGGAUAGCUAACCAGAAACAGAAACAAAAGUGAGCCUGCUGUCCUCUCCAUCACCAGUGUUGGAAUGGCAGCCUCCUCCUCAUCCUCCUCUGCCGGAGGGGUUAGUGGGAGCUCCGUGACUGGCUCUGGAUUCAGCGCUUCAGAACUCAUCCCCCCGCGUAAGGUCCUCUACACUUAUCCCAAAGGAGCCGGGGAGAUGAUGGAAGAUGGCUCAGACAGAUUUCUGUGUGAGUCUGUAUUCAGCUACCAGGUGGCAUCAACACUGAAACAGGUGAAGCAUGAUCAACAGGUAUCUAGAAUGGAGAAACUGGCCAGUUUGGUUGAAGAGCUGGAAGCAGAUGAGUGGCGUUACAAACCAAUCGAACAGCUUUUGGGAUUUACUCCGUCUUAAAGUUUAAAUAAAGACCUGCUCAGUAGCCACUAGCUAGUUACCACUGGAGGAACGUAUUGGCUGCAGAAGACUACUUUAUUUCCAACACAUUUGUUUAUUGUCAUUUAUUUGUCAUUCUCACAGGGAAGGAUGUUCCUGCCUGGCAUUCUCUGUUACAUUAGAAAUUGGCCAAUGUUUAGCUCUGGUCCAGGUCGUGGUUAGUGCUAGCACUGGACCAGAGCUGGCCAAUGUUUAGCUCUGGUCCAGGUCGUGGUUAGUGCUGGCACUGGACCAGAGCUAGCCAAUGUUUAGCUCUGGUCCAGGUCGUGGUUAGUGCUGGCACUGGACCAGAGCUAGCCAAUGUUGUGACCUAAAAACCUUUAUCACAGCUAUUCAUUAUUCAUUGAGUAAUUAAUCAUGCCAUAGUGGGAAAAUUAAUGAUUUUAAGAUGGAAUCAUCUUUGUAUGUAUUAAAAUGAAAGCAUGACGUACUUACUUUGUACUUGGGUUACCAUUUAUUAAAUAUUUAAAUUAAAAUAUACAUAAUCA